GCAGAAUCGCCGCAGCCUUCGUCCGAAGCGCACGCGAAUUCGCGCUCUUACAACCGACCGACACGCAGUACGAACGAGUGAAUUCAAAUUUUUAAAAUUAAGAAUUUAUAAUUACAAAAUCGAGUGAUUCUACAUUGCUGUUGGUGUUCAGACAGGCAACCAUGCAGAACUUAGCACGAACAACGGCAUUGCUGCUGGUAGCGAUCGCAUUCACCUACGCCGCUCCGUCAUCAGCGCCGAAAGACAAUACCCUGAGCACGGACAGCAAAUCACCGUCUACCCAUGAGUUACUCAGUUCACUAGGUCUAAAAAAGCUUAGAAUACCCGCCGCACAUCACAGAAAACGGUUAGCGGAACAAGGUAGACGACAUGCAACUGGAGAUUCAAGAAUGUACGUGAUCAAGUUACCACCAAACACAAGCUAUUAUACUCAUGCUGACCCAGCACCUGCAGCCGCUAGAACUUUACCUCUACAAAUGACAAGCAACGGUAAACCAGCUAGAGUAUACCACUGGAACAUACCCGUAUUGCACAAGCUGGCCAAAAACAGACCACAGGCAAGAUUUGAUGAUGACAUUGUCGACGUGGAAAGCACCCCUACUUGGCCCAAAGGUGCCAAUAAUCACCCAAAUGCAAUAGAUCCUUUGGCAUACUACGUUCCAGCAAAAAAAUCCUCCUUCAGAAAGUAUUUCUCUGGCAAUGGAAAGCCGAAAUCAUUCUAUGUUAUUGAAAAGAACAAGAAAUCCGCUGAGUACCACAGGCUGUUGCCGUAAAUGGAACAAAAUAGGAAACGAUUAUCACUCCAGGUGCAUUAUCGACUUUUUAUUGUUCUCUCGAUUUUUAACACGAUAUUUAUUAUAUUAUCCAAUCCAAGUAUAAUAUGGCCAACACGUGUAACCUCUCUAAAAUGUCGGGAGAAGAAUAAAGUAUAGUAAUAAUCGUUUAGCGUAUAACCGCGACAUUGUUUUUUUGUAAAUAGAAAAGUAUUCAUGUAUUCAUUUUAGAGCCUUUGUCUCCCAAUUUUGCAAAUAUCUACAUAACACUCACAAAUUGUAAAAAAAAUAUCAUUGCCCUAUGAAAAAUAUCUUAUUAUUUCAUGUUAAAAACAUAUCUUUAUUAUCUAUUAUUCUUACUGCAUAUGUCUGUACUAUUGUAAGCUGAAUUUAUUGUAUUUUUCAAGUAGAACAAAAUUUCUAAACUACCCUUUUUGAACUCAAGAAGCUCAUAUUUAAAUACGGCAGCGUGUGCUCAACGAGAGUAUUUGAUAGCAAACAAACAUCUAAAGACUUCAUAGAAAUAAAUAUAAAAUAUACGUAAAUAUAUCACAAUAAUACAUUAAGUUUCAAUUUAAAAAUCAUGUAGCACCCUCGGAGAUAUUCAAAAAGCCAAGACACAACAUCAUCAAUUUUAUUUUUUAAAUUUAUAAUGCUACAAUAUGAUGACGCCCGGAACAGGACUUUGGUAAUGAUCGUACGUAAUCAAAUCCUUUCCGUAUGUUGUAAAUAAAAAUCACCUUUUAAAUGUUUAGUUAUUUGUAAGACUGCGAUACGAAUUUAAAUUAUUAUAGGCUAAGUGUACCGCUAAAGUUUUUAAAUUAGAAACUGGAAAUAGCUACUUAACAAAUUUCAACUUCCUAAAAAGAUAACAGACGCUAACAUACAAAUAGGUGGCCUAUGUUUUAUGUGAUUGUGUCUAAAAACAAUUUGUGGAAAAUAUCUGUUAAAAAGUAUAGCCCAAAAGUUUCUAAUUUGAUUUUUUAUCGUGGAACGCAUUUAUAAACCUUUUGCAUUUAUAUGAGAAUAACGGAAUUAUUUAAAUAUUUAAACAUUUUUCUGUUAUUUACUUUUAACUAUAGAAGUCAUUGUUCUAACCACUCACUAUAUUGAUUAUAAUUAAGUUUUCCAAGCGUUAAGUAUUAUUUUGU